CCAGACCACAAAUUCAGAAUCGUACAACUACGAAGAAUCAAAAUAGUACUAAAAAAACUCCCACAAAAACACAACAACAACCCUGAAACAUGCUCUGUUACUCCUCACCCACUACCCUGGAGGUGGAAAUGGCCAAUGAAAAGAAAGCCAAAUCGUCAGACCGGAACUGGGUUUACGACAAAUCUGGCCAGACCGGAAGGGUCCUCGUGACCCAACCCGACGGCAGAGCGCUUAGGGAUCACGACCCGAAUAAACCGCGAAAUUAUAUCGGGCUGGCCGUCGUCGUCCUCGUGUGUUUCAACCCCUUACUGGGAAUCAUCUCCGUAGUCUUUUCCGUCAAAUCUCAUAAAGAUUUCCUCGAAGGGAAAGUGUCGUCUGCGAGAACUAAAGGUCAGGUCUCUUUUGUUGCCAGCGUUAUUGGAAUUCUUAUUACUGCCACCAUUGUCCUGGGAGUCAUCUUCUGGCCAGUAAUAUUUUCCAAACCGCAAACCUGAUUAGAAUGCGCGGCGACGUGAAAGGAACGCAAUGCCCGAACAGAUGUGGAAAUAUAAACUUCGAUAAAAAGAAAAAACGAAAUGGAAAUAGAGGUUUGGAAAACAUUGCUUGAAAGAUGACAAAUUGGUGUAUAGAAAAUACAACUGUUCGACAGAGAUGGGAAAUUAUUGUUAAACAAAAUACUGAUAAAAAGGAGAUGGAAACUGGUUAUUUUGAAGACACCAUUAGAAGCUAACAAUUCGUUUUGUAAAUGGAACUGCCGCAAGAAAUGAAAAUUUAUUGAAUAAAAUGCCCUGUUGAAGGCGACGAAAAUGUUUGGAUUUUUUUCAGAUUUCUAAAACAUGUUACUUUAUUCUAUAGAAAAUAUAAUGGGAAUUUAGUUGUAAAAUAAUUAGGUAUAUAUGCUGCUGAAUAAAGUGUUGUAAACCUUUACGAAAAUGUUGGGGGUUUUUUGCUUUUGUUUUUUG